AUGACCAAGCUGUCUGUAGAGUUUUCUUUUAUUUUUUCUCUCUCUUUUUGUAUCUCUCCUCUUCCUUCUCUUACAUUUAUUGCUGUUUUUCUUACCUCUCUUUCUUUUUCAGAUUCAAACCUUUUCUUAGUUCUCUCUCUCUCUUUUCCCCUUCUCUCUGUCUCUGAUAUUUUUUCCUCAUCUAUCUCUGUCAUUCUUCACCUAUUUCUUUCUUUCACUUCCUCCUUUUCUCUUGACACUUUCUUCUUUUUAUUUCUAAUUUGUCUUUCUUUUUCUCAAAACUGUUACUCUUUUUUAUUUCUUUCUCUACCCUUUUCUCUUUCCUCAUUUUUCUUCUCUCCUUCUUUUUCUCUUUUUCUUUUCUCUUGUCUCUUUCUUUUCUCUUGUCUCUUUCUUUUCUCUCCUUUCUUUUUCUCUCUUUCUUUUCUCUCCUUUCUUUUUCUCUCUUUCUUUUCUCUCCUUUCUUUUUCUCUCUUUCUUGUCUCUCCUUUCUUUUUCUCUCUUUCUUUUCUCUUGUCUCUUUCUUUCAUAUUUCAUUUAUUCCUUCUUUCCCACCUCUCUAUCAACUCUUUUCUCGUAUUUCUUUCCCCUUUUUCUCUCUCUUCCUUCUUUAUCUCACUUUUUAAAACUCCUUCUUUUCCCUUGUCUCUCCCUUUCUUUUAUAUUUCAUGUUUUCUUUCCUUCCCACCUCUCUAUAAACUCUUUUUUUUCUCUCUUAUUUCCUUUUCUUUUUUCUCUGUCCCUUUCUUCUUUUCUUUCCCUCUUCAUUUUUUCCUCUAUUAUUUUUCAUAUUCUUUCACUACCAUUUUUUUCAAGGACAAACUUUGCACAUUAACAUACCAAACCCAGCUUCUGCUUGUAUCUAUCUAUCUAUCUAUCUUUCUGGUUAUCUCAGUCUGUUUUUAUCUAUCUAUGUUUGGUUAUAUCUAUCUAACUUUCAUAUCUAGCUAUCUCUUAAUAUCUCUCUAUUUAUUCAUAUCUAUCUAUCUAUAUCUAUCAAUCUACCUGUUUAUAUCUAUAUAUCUAUUCAUAUCUAUCUGUCUAUCUCUCUCUACCUGUUCAUAUUUAUCAAUCUGUUCAUAUCUAUAUCUAUCAAUCUACCUGUUUAUAUCUAUAUAUCUAUUCAUAUCUAUCUGUCUAUCUAUAUCUGUUCAUAUCUAUCAAUCUAUCCAUCAAUCUGUUCAUAUCCAUCUGUUUAUCUUUCUCUCUCUGUCCAUUAUGUUUAUAUAUAUCUCUUUAACUCUGUUCUUUUCUUUUAUGCCAUUCGUUUCUUUUCUCUCUCUUUGGCCAUUCGUUUCUUUUCUCUCUUUUUGGCCAUUCGUUUCUUUUAACUCUUUUUGGACAUUCGUUUCUUUUCUCUCUUUUUGGACAUUCGUUUCUUUUCUCUCUUUUUGGACAUUCGUUUCUUUUCCCUCUUUUUGGACAUUCGUUACUUUACUUUCUUAA